GAACGCAGCAUCACCAUGCCCUGUUGUUUACAUGCGGUUACCUAGCAACGGCCGCCCAGCGUUUCGGCUGACUCCAUUAAUUAUCCCGGUUAGCUUCUGAGUGACCGGGGUUGAACCUGCUUCUAAGCUCCACACAGGUGCUCCGGAUGGCCGGUGUGCUCAUAGAUCCGAGCCGGGCUCCGGUGGCCUUCGGGCGGCGCGCGGUGCCGCAGCUGUUCGGGGAGCUGCAGCAGCUGGAGGCCGACAGGAAGCAGCGAGCUCUGGCUUCACUCUGCGACCUGAUGCACGACCCGGAGAAGCUCUACCAGGCUGUGACUGGAGGUUUUGUGGAGCAGCUGGAGGUUUUAUUUAAGGACGAAGAUUCAUCAGUGAGAACGAAAACCUGCGAGCUGCUUCACCUGCUGACGGCCCACAGCAUCGGCAGACGGGCGCUGCUCUCCUCCGCUCUCCUCCCUCCUCUCUCUCAGCUGCUGGACGACUCCUCGUCCUCCUGCAGGAGAAACGUCCACCGGGUGCUGAACCGCCUCGCCCGGCUGCCUGCUGGGGCAAACGCUCUGCUGACCCUGGUUCCCAAACUGAUGCUGAAGCUGAGGCAGAACGAUGGGGAGGAGGACGAGGAGGAAGAGGAGGAAGAGGAGGAGGAGGAGGAGGUGCAGGUGCUGCGUCUCUCCACCCUCAGCUGCUGCUCCAGGCUGGACGCUCUGCCGGCUCUGGCCUCGGACGGCGUCUCGCUGCUCAGCCAUAAACUCUCCCACCGAUCCACCAACAUCCGCAGAGAGGCAGCGGCGGCCAUGAUGGUGCUGAGUGUCCCUAUUGACGGAAAGCAGCAGGUGUGUGAGAAGGCGGUACUUCCUGUUCUGGUCGGUCUGCUGCAGGACGAAGACGUGGAGGUUCAGGCCAACGCUGCAGGAACCAUCAUGAACACGGUCAUCAUCACCACAGGGAAGCUUCAGUGUCUGGAUCUGGACGUCAUCCCCGUCCUCUUGGGCCUGGUGUCUGAACACGCAGAGAAGCAGGAAGAGGAGGACGAGGAGAUGAAGAGGAGGAGGAAGGCUCUCGUCAUCUACUCCCUGCGAGCUCUCACCUCGCUGGCUGAAGCUCCGGACGGCCGCGCCCUCCUGCUGGAGCAGCUCCCCCUGCUGGCCAGGAGGAGCGAAGCACCAGAGGAAGACCGGGACAUCCGUCGCGCCGCUCAGACCGCCGUGAGAGUCGUCACCUGGACUCCCUGAGAGCCUGCUGACCUCUGACCUCCACACCUCACCUGCUGUGGUAGCAUUAGCUGAACAAUUAAAGAAGCAGGUGUGCAAAUCAUGAUUCAUACGAUGUGUUAAUGAGGAAGAACG